AAGAUCGACUUUGCCAAAAGCAUGGAACAAGCGGGCGCAGCGGCCAUUGCGAUCCACUGCCGACAACCCCACGAACGUCCUUGCGAUGACGCGCACUGGGACGCGCUGCCGUUGCUUCCGUCGGCGCUCAAUGUGCCCGUCCUGGCCAACGGCGACAUUUACACGCAGGAAGACAUUGCCCGCGUGCGCGCCGAGACGGGCUGUUCAGGCGUCCUCAUCGCGCGCGGCGCCCUUCAUAAUGCGUCGUGCUUUCGCAAAGAGGGGCUUCUGCCCUACACCGAGAACAUUCGCGAGUUUCUCAAGGUCGCGGCCGAGACAGACAAUGUGUUCCAAAACACAAAGUACUCGAUUAGCCGCAUGCUCCCGUCCAAGGUCAACCACCUCGAGACGCCGUCGGUCGUGCUGCCGUACGACCACGUCACGGUCCCCGACAUUGCAGCGACCAAGUCGAACCGGGAAAUGUUUGCACUCUUUGGCCUUGGCGAGUACUUGGACGAGUACACGGCCAAGUACGCUGCCCGCGCGUCCGAGCUGGACGUGUCGGUGGGCCCCAAUGCGCCGGACCGCGUCUACGACGACAGCCACGUCUUGAACCGGCAGUUUUUCUGCGACGCGUGCGGGCUCCAGCUGCUGAGUGACCAGGAUGUUGCGUUGCAUGUGAAGGGCAAGCGCCACAAGAAGAAGCUCCGCGCGCUCGCGAGCCAGUCGGUCUUGGCGUCGGUCGAGUCGUCCAACAAGCGCCUCAAAGUGUCUGCCGACGACGACGACGACACCGCUGCGCUCACGACGCAAGACUAG